CGCAUCAUCACAAGGGAAAAACAGAUAAAGAGCCGUGUUUUCUAUGACAGACAACCCAGAACGAAUGAAAAUGUCGUGAGAUCGGGUCGUUGGAUUAAUUGACAGCAUAACAGACCACUGUGGUGCGUGAGAGAUGUCGGCAGUUCGCCCGGACGCCGGAAAAUCGGGCUCCGUGGAUGUGAAUUUUUUGUGUCAAAGAUGUCACCAGCCAUUACGCCUGGAUAACUCCUUCAAAGCACUUGACGACAACCUCGCUAGGGAACUCACGGCCCCAUUAACAAGCUCUGUAGAGAAAGAAGAAACACUUGACUUAUUUCAGAGAAACACGACUUUGGGCAAUGAAGACGUAGUACGGAGAGUUGUCCCGCCUUCCAGGUAUCUCUCGAUAGAGGAGGAGAAUGGAAGCGGCUUCACUCUGCUGGGAGAGACAACGGCGGGUGCGGAAAACCUGAGCCUGAAGAUGAAGGAAGCCAAAGCUCAGCUGAACGAAGCCAAGGUGACAGCCUACCUGUUUGAUGUGAUGUCAGGUCAGUCCCAUGUGGAUCACCCCCUUUGUGAGGAAUGUACAGAUACGUUGCUAGACCAGUUAGACAACCAGCUGAGAAUUACAGAGGACGAGUGUAGAGAUUACAGAGAGUUUCUGGAGACAUUAGGGACAAGUGAUGAGAAGGUGAAUGAAGAGGCUCUGGACACAGAGUUGGCUCAGUUACGAGCAGAAGAGCAGGCAUUACAACAACAACUGGAGAGUGUGUCAGGGGAGAGAACUGUGUUAGCUCAGCAGAUCCAGCAGGAGAAGGAAAUUGCAGCCAAACUGGAUAAGGAAGAGAUAAAUUACUUCCAUGAGUAUAGUGAGCUGAAGAGGCAGCUCCAGUCAUUUGAAGACGAGGCCAGAAGUGUUGAAAACCAGCUACGCUAUGCACAAACUCAACUAGACAAGCUGAAGAAAACAAACGUAUUCAACGCAACUUUCCAUAUAUGGCACAGUGGUCAUUUUGGAACCAUCAAUAACUUUAGAUUAGGCCGGUUACCAAGUGUGCCGGUGGACUGGAAUGAGAUUAAUGCUGCUUGGGGGCAAACAACUCUGUUAUUACACUCCCUGGCACGCAAGAUGGACUUGACGUUUAAAAGAUAUCGUCUUGUUCCAAACGGCAACCACUCAUAUCUGGAAUCACUGACAGACAAAUCCAAAGAACUACCUCUGUAUGGUUCUGGAGGCUUCCGAUUCUUCUGGGACACAAAAUUUGAUCAGGCCAUGGUGGCAUUCCUUGACUGUUUGCAACAGUUUAAAGAGGAGGUUGAGAAGGGCGAUACAGGAUUUUGUUUGCCAUACAAAAUGGAGAAGGGGAAGAUAGAAGACCCAGGCACUGGAACGUCAUACUCAGUUAAAAUCCAAUUCAACUCAGAAGAACAGUGGACAAAAGCACUGAAAUUCAUGCUGACGAACUUAAAGUGGGGUCUGGCCUGGGUGUCAUCACAGUUUGCUAACAAGUAACAAUGCAGUAAUGACAGGCCUACCCUAACUCACCUAUAAUUUCAUGGACUUUUUCACUAAAUGCUCUGUUUCGCCUAAAGUUUAGCGUUUUUGAAGUGGCACAUUUUGCUCGAUUCAGAUUUAUUCAUUCGUGAAAUUUCUGAUUAAUUUAUUAUGAGAGAAACUUAUGUGUAGGCAUUAA